UACUUUAUACAUUUUAAAACAUCCACAAACGGCAGACAUCACACUCAAUACAAAACACAAUUUAUUUUUAAACACACGAAAAAAAACAGACAAUUCUCGAAACAUAAGAUGUCGAGCGCUUCUUCAGAUGUAGAUGACCCUAACUAUGUUGAUCUACAGACCAACGACGGCGUGAUUUAUACAGUGGACACUCGUUUGGCUCUACAGAUGGGACCCAUUCGUGAUUUGAUACUGCUGGAGAGAGAGAAUAACACUAGGACGACCGAAGUUUUUCCUCUGACUAGAGUAGACGCUAAGAACUUGCGAUUCAUAAUCAAGUGGUCAGCAGCUGUUGAGCAUCUGAAAGACAAUGAAAAGGAUACGCAAUCGCUGCUCAAAAAACUCCUAGUUGAAGAUGAUGCCGACUACGAGUUCCUCUUGCAACUCAUCCUGGCCGCCAACUAUCUGCAGAUGGAGGACUUGCUGCAGGCCACAACCCAACUUCUGGCAAACGCCAUACAGGCGUGCCAAAGUGUCGAGGAGAUUUGCACAUAUUUUAACGUGCAAGCCGAUUAAAAAUGAUUUGUUUUAAAAGGUAUGCAGCAGUUUCCUGAAGAUCGUAGUUGUUCCGAUCCAGCCAAAUUAUUAUAGUGUAAUUAUUUCGAGAUACUUAGGUUCUAGUAUUGAAGACCAUUUUCACCAGAUGAGAAGGCACAUUCCUAAAAAUUCCAUUUUGUAUGCAAUUCAUUUUUUAUAAACUCCUGAGAUGAACAAUGUAGCUGCUGUAAUAAAAAUAGAUUUACC